AUGAUCGAAACAACAUUCCUAAUCAUCGGCGGAGGUCCCGCCGGCGCCUCGCUCGCAUGUUUCCUCUCAGCACAUCAUUUCAAGGGACUUCUUAUUGACGCUGACUCCGGAACCACGCGGACCCCGAAAGCUCACAUCACCAACCCCGCGGCUCUGGAAUGCCUCCGCGACAUCGGCCUCGAGGAGGCAGCCAAGCACGAUGGAAUGCCCAAGACCCACAUGCUACACUACCGAUGGGGUCAUGACAUGGCCGGCGAGGAAUACGCUCGAGUUCAUUCCUGGGGUAAUCAUCCCGAACAGAAAGGCCAAUACGAAGAGGUGACCCCAUGCGCGCCCAUCGAUCUGCCGCAAACUCUCCUGGAGCCGAUCCUGAUUCAGCGAGCUAUCGCAUCUGGAUGGACAGUCCGAUACGACUCGACCUUUCAACGCUUCGAGCGCAAGUCGCCGACGAGCCGAAUCAUCUCAACGAUCCAGGAUAACCUAACUGGCCAGACCUAUCAAAUUUCCUCGAAGUACCUCUUCGGUUGCGAUGGCGCCCGGAGCACAAUCAUGCGUCAACUCGAAAUUCCCUUGCUCAGACAGCCCGGCCAGGGCCUCGCGUUCAACAUUCUAGUUGAUGUCGAUCUCUCGAAGCACAUCGAGCCCCGUAUGGGAAAUCUCCACGUGUGCCUCACUCCCGAGAUUGAGCAUCCUCCAUGGGGAUUCGCAGCCAUUGCGCGGGUCAUCAAGCCGUGGAAUCAAUGGAUAUUCAUUGUUCUACCACAGCCUGGUUAUGAUGAUUUCACAACAAUCCCCAGCCACGAAGCUAUUGAGCAGAGGAUGCGACAAUGGAUCGGAGAUGAUUCCCUCCCGUUCAGUAUCCUGAAUGUAUCGAAGUGGCUGAUCAAUGAGAUAGUCGCCGAGAGAUAUUCCGACGGAAACGUCUUCUGUCUGGGAGAUGCGGUGCAUCGCCAUCCGCCCGUCAAUGGUCUCGGAAGCAACACCUGUAUUCAAGAUGCGUGGAACCUGGCAUGGAAGGCUGCGUACGUGGAGUAUCAACAGGCUGGUCCUCGUCUCCUCGACUCCUUCAGUCUGGAGCGACAACCGAUCGGAGCCGGCGUCGUGCAACGCGCGAACCAGGGCCUACGCAAUCAGGGUCCCGUCAUGGAGGCGCUCGGGAUGACAGGUGCGACCGUAGAAGAGCGAGUCCGCCAAUAUGCCGAGCUCUCCGCCGCCACCGAAGCGGGACGUAUACGACGGAAACGUCUGCAGGAGGGCGUCCGCCACGUCAUCCACGAAGUCUGCGCCAUCGGCAUCGAGAUGAACCAACGCUACCGCUCCAAAGCAAUCUACCUCUCCGACGAGUUCGCACCCCAGGGCUCCCUACCCGCCGACCCCAUCCUCACCCACGAAGUAACGACUUACCCAGGCUCCCGCGUGCCCCACGCCUGGCUCAACAAAAGCGUUCCAGGACAACAAAUCAGCACGAUCGACCUCGCCGGCCACGAAUGUUUCGUUCUCCUCACCGGCAUCGGUGGCGAGGAAUGGAUUCGCGCGGCGAGAAAGUAUGUGUUGAAAACAGGCAUUAUCUUGAAGGCAUACUCCAUCGGUUGGAGGCAGGAUUACGAGGAUGUCUAUGGUGACUGGGCGAGGAAGAGGGAGAUUGAGGAGGAUGGUUGUGUGCUGCUCAGACCCGAUCGCGUUGUUUGCUGGAGGAGUAUGAUGGUUCGGAGGGAUUGUUUUGACGCGUUGUAUCGCGUCAUGCAGAGUAUUCUUGACGGCGGACCCGCGGCGUGGGAGGAGGUGGUGGGGAUGGAUACCGCGUAG